AAGUCUGUUGUGGUGUUUUUAUCUUCUGUGGAAGUUGUCUUAUUCUCCUUGCUUGUAGAUCAACUAUAUUUGCGGGAAAAGUAUGGAAUUCCUUCAAUAUUCUUAACGAAAAAUAUUCUGUGGAUAAAUCAAAAUAUGGCCAGAUGUCUCCAAAAGAGUUAAGGGAACAACAACUGAAAAAAAGAGUUCAACAUUUGAGAUCAACAUGCAAAUCGGCUGACAUAAAUCGGUAUAACUUUGACUUUCGUCAAGUAUCUGAAAACUUUUAUGGAAAUAAAGAAGCUAAUUUAUCCUACUGCAAAGUACCGAAGGCUGGAAGUUCUUUCAUGACAGAAAUUUUCCUUGUCCUAGAAAAAGACAGAGCUCAGUCAGUUGAUGAAAUAUUUGAAAUUAGUCGGAGUCAUGUCCAUGCCAUUGGAAAUAAAAAACUAAGUACAUCUGCACUAAUUAAGGAAAAACAGCCGAAUUCGGUGACCUUGAUUGUCUCAAGGAAUCCUUACUCCAGGCUGUAUUCAGCGUAUGUGGACAAAUUCUACCUGUUCGGUCUUGUUAAAGCAGCUCGUGAAAUCUCAGACAAUAAUGGGAAGAGACGUUUGUCAUGCGGGUAUAAUGUAACAUUUCAAGAAUUUCUUGAUUAAGCAAAGCUUACGGUGGCUAUCAGAUAAAUAGACACUGGGCACCAGUUUAUUUACUGUGCCAUGCGUGUGACGUCAGAUAUGAUGUUGUGGGCAAAAUUGA